CUUGUGUUGCAGAAUAAAUGUUGCAUAGGACGGAUGUUUGUGAAAUGCUUUUUCCAUUUUGUUGAGACGAUAUGAUUGAAUGUAAUGGAAAGCCGGUGAAAAACAAGCUGAAGCUAUCCCAUCAAUGUGCAAACAGCUUUCUGGGUUACAUGUUGGAACUAAGUGAAACAGUGGGGAAAUCAACUUGGCAACAGAUAUCCACAGAUGAUGUCAGACAUUGGUCAGAGUCUUUUGAUGCUCUUCUCUCCCACGAACAUGGCUUGGCAGCCUUUAGAGAAUUUCUCAAGACAGAGUUCAGUGAUGAGAACAUUGAGUUCUGGAUGGCCUGUGAGGACUACAAGAAGAUUACUCCUCCUGCGAAACUGGUGACCAAAGCCAAUACGAUUUAUGACGAGUUUAUCAAUGUUCAAGCACCCAGAGAGAUAAACAUUGACUUCCAUACCAGGGAGGUGACGAAGCAGAACCUCAAGGAGCCAUCUCCAUCCAGCUUCAGUGAAGCACAGGCUAUAGUUUACAGUCUGAUGGAGAAGGAUUGCUACCCUCGAUUCAUACGAUCUAAGAUGUACACAGACUUACUGAAUCAGAAACAGACUGAGUGUCACAUAAAGUCUGAUUUGUACUCUGAAUAA